UCAGUGUGUUUGCUUGCAUCACACUUACUGGCCACAUGCAAUCAAAAGACAAUUUCUGUGAAUAUUUCUACUGACAUCUUUGGAGUGGUUUAAAUUUUGCUACAUGUAUUAUGUGAGUUGUAGUUUGUAGUAGUGUAGUAUUAUUCAUCAGUUUAUUUUUAUUCGACGGCUGGUUAAAAUAUUCUGUGUAAUCUCGUUAUGUGGUAGAGCAGCCAAUAGAGUUGUACACAACCACUAAACUUACUUGCUCUUUCGUCGAAUGUCAUUACAUUAUGCCGGUGUAUUUAACGCUGUGUCCAUUGAGUGCAUGUCACUUUUGCUUUAUUUCAGGAAGUUAGUUGCCCAGCUCGAACGACAAUGUGAAGAUACACUUACCCUCACAGAGUGUGCCGCACGAAGAAGUUGCUGUGCGUAAUUGGAAAAAGGCGACUGUUUGAAAAAGAUUAGAGCUGCCAGAUUCGGCGUCGACCAUUUGUUCAGUUUUCAGAGGUCAAUCUUCCUGCAGUACGGACACAGUGUGUCGUCUUCCGUUUACUGAAAGUCAUGUUUACUUUCAAGUUUUGUAUGCUUUUACAAUGCUUUGAUUCUGUUAAAUAUAGUCGUGUUGACCCCACUUGGCACGGUGUUGAUCAGUAUUUGUUGAAGGUUCCCUCCAUGCUCCACACUCACUUCAAUGGGGCAGUCAUUGGCCAGUGGGGGGCAGCCCUGCAUGUAACAGUAGGAAGUGUUCGGGUGGGCAAGUGACUGCAAUAAGACACUACUGACUGUCAGACACUCAAUGUGCAGCAGGCAACUUCCACAGCCAGAAGCACAUCCACAGCGGGCUGAGUGGGAUCUUGGAAGGCGUUGCCACAGAAAUUGACAUCUUCAAUCAGAAUGGAAACUCGAAGGGAAACGUCCAACAGCCGUGGGACAAUUUGUCUGAAGUACAUUCUCUUUAUAUUCAACAUUCUUUUUUGGCUGGCAGGGGGUGCCGUACUGGCUGUGGGCGUGUGGACUCUGGUGGAGAAGAGUGACUACAUCAAUCUGCUCAACUCCAACUUCUACGCCGCAUCCGCUUACAUCCUCAUCGCCGCUGGAGCCGUCGUGAUCGUCACCGGCAUCAUCGGAUGCUGCGCCACUCUGAGCGAGAUGAAGAGUCUUUUGAUUGUGUAUUUGGUGCUGUUGCUCUGUGUUUUUCUGCUGGAAAUCAUCGCUGGUGUCUUGGCAUAUGUUAUCUACCAAGAGUGUUUCCCUUUCUGCCACCAGCUGGAUGAGGAGCUGAGGCAGAACUUGAAGAUGACCAUGCAGCACAAAUACCAACAAGCUGGAGAGGACAGUGUCACACAGGCUGUGGACAAGCUCCAUCAGGAUUUCCAGUGCUGUGGCAGUAACAGCUCCUCAGACUGGCGAGACAGCAUUUGGAUUGAGGCCACGCAGUACCGGCAGCUUGUUCCCGACAGCUGUUGCAAAACUCCCAGCAGCCUCUGCGGCAUCAGAGACCAUCCCUCUAAUGUCUACAAGGUAGAGGGAGGCUGCGUCAUGAAAUUGGAGAAGUUUAUUCUCAGUCAGCUGUAUAUUCUCGGUGCACUGGGCGUUGGGAUUGCAGUUUUACAGCUUUUUGGGAUGAUGUUUACUUGCUGCCUUCAUCACAAUCUGAAAGAUGAGCCAUACUGACAUUGGACUUUUUUUUUUAGUGUCUUUACCAGAUGACAGUGCUUUGAGACUUAAGUGCCUUAAAAUGUCAAGCUUCAAGUUGAGCUGCUGGGCAGCACUUCACUCUGGAAAAUGGCUUCCUUUUCUAUGUCAAGGGGAAUGCUGAAAAUGAAAGCUUGAUGAGGUUAUAUUUACAAAUGAUUUACUGCACUGCUGUUCUUGGUGUGUCACAAGGUUUAGUUCAAGAAAUGCAUAAUAUGAACAAUAAAAGCAAUUGUAUUAGUUC